GCCAUUUCAAACCAAUUAAAAUACUUAAGAACCUUGGAAGGCCAGGCCAAACAAGUAAGUUUGCUAACCACUUGCAUGCAGUUGUACAUCUUUUUCAUGUUCAGAUACACUUUCAUUCAGCAUUUGUUUACAAAGGGAUUAUAUGUUAAACAGUACCAAAUUCCUGCAUAUGUCUCUUUCCGACCUGUGUAAAUCUAAAGAAAAAGGCCAUGCGUCUUGUCGGUUUCCUUUCUUACUUUACCAAUAUAAUUGGGAACAGACAGGAGGCCCACUCACAUGUUAUGUUAUAUGGCACAGGUGGCGACGGUGUGCAGAAGUGCCUUUUACCAAUUACGGCUGGUAUGCCAGCGGCAACCCUACUUGGAGAAGUUGGACCUGACCUCAGUCACUCAUGCAUUGGUAACAUCCAGAUUGGACUACUGCAGGCCUGCACAACAUAAGGCCUAGGGGCCAGAUUUGGCCUAUGGCAACCUUUUUGCUGGCCCCAGCUGAUAUCCCAGGAGAGCCCCAGAAGAGUCAGGAGGCGUACUCCACCUGAGUGAUGAUGAGGUCUCUGGUGGGAUUGGCAUUCCUGCUUCUCCUCAAAGGACAAUGCUGUCUUGGAUGUGCUGUGAGUGAGGAGCAGCGCCCCCUGGUGACCUAUCUGCUCAGAAAGAUGAUUCAAUCAACCAGUGUUCCAGGAGCCCUGCCAAACCCCAGUGUCUUGUUGGCUCUUCGUCUGGCUUGGGACCACAAUCUGAGCACUGAGCAAAGGCUGCUAAAGAUCCUUUCCCAGGAUGCAGUAGACAGAGUGCAAAAUCGAAAGCCUUUUUCUUCAGGCCAGGUGGCCCUCUAUGCCCUGGCUCACCAGGCUUCCUGCUCUGAUCCUCGACGAGUUUCUGCCAAGGGAUCCGUUCUUGAUCUGGUGCAGCUUUUGGGAAAGAAGUUUGAGAUGGAGCUGGAGAACAUAAAGAUCCAUGGCAAUCCCCUGACCAACUACUAUCAGCUCGGCCUGUGUGUCCUCGCCCUCUGCCAGCUCCAGGGAAGCCUCUCGCCCUCUCAGGCAGCGGAUCUGUUCAUCCCGGAUGAGAAGAAGUAUAACCUUGCUGGCCAAUUCUCUGUGGACACAGCAGCAGUAGCAGUCCUGGCUCAGAUCUGCAUACAGACCACAGAGAAUGCCAUAUUGCCCGGGGUAAACAAGACAAUAACAGCAAAUGUACAGUGGCUGCUGAAGAACAUUCUGGAGCAGAAAAGCAGUGAUGGAGUGAUAGGGAACAUGUACAGUACUGGGGAGGCUAUGCAGGCUUUGACUGUGUCUAACAACUAUCUCACACCUGGAUCCUGGAGCUGCCCCCUGACUUUGGCCACAGUCCUUGCUGAGAUUCCUAAAGGCACUUUUGACAAUCCCAUGGCUGCUGCCCAGAUCGUCCCUUCCCUAGAAGGCCGGACCUACCUUGAUGUGAAGACAAUCAAUUGCUCCAAAGACAGAGGCAAUCUUACCCUGAUCACUCCACCUACCAUCCCAUCCACCAGUCACCACCAGUCCAGCCAACUAAUUACAGUCACAUACACAGUCACUGAUAGCGUGAACAACACCUUCACUGAUUCCACCAGAGUCUCUGUCCCAAAGGGUUCAGUCUUCCUGAACGUGAUGGAGGCUGCCCAGGCAAAGGAUCCAAAGAGAUUCAGGUUCACAUAUGAGCAGUCUUCCUGGGGCCCAUACAUCACCUCGGUGAGAGGCCUGACAGCUGACAACAACAAACGUACUUACUGGCAGCUCUUGAGUGGAAAAACUCCUUUGAGCAAAGGUGCUGGGGAAUAUGUUGUGUCUAAUGGAGAGAAGUUGGUCAUUAAAUAUACCGUUUACUGAGCUCCAAAGUUGCAAUAAUUUAGGGCAAGCCCAUCAUGUCUAUCUGCAUGCAAUUUGUUUCUGUCUAGAGAUUUUAGAGUAUCUUCUGUUUGAUAUAAGAAAGAACCAUCUCUAGAUCAUGGAGCAUUUCUUGGUGGAAUGUACUGGACUAGUAAUCAUGUCACAAUAAUAACUGAUUCCUAGUUUUAGGACUCAAGCCCUAACUAAAUCCAAAUAGCAACAUAUUUUUCUCCCCCUCACUUUUUAUUUGAUUUUGCUUAACAUCCAUCCUGAAGAAAAGUUCCAGUUAACUUGAAGGUUUGCCCACUAUUUUGACUUUUUAGUUGUUUUUAAUAAAGAUAUUAUGCCACUGAUGCUGUUUGCAAUUUUUCCUGAUGGAACAACAUGGUUCUCUGCAUUUUUUGUUUGUUUCAUUGAAUAAAAUAACCUAUAGCCAACCAUAUGACCUGUAAUAUUCUUAUUGUUUAGGUUUUAGCUGCCAGUUUUAAUUGUUGUGAUUAUUUUGUAAUUGUAAUUAUUUUGUGUUUUUAACUGAAUUUUUUAUAUGAAAGGUGGUGGUUGUGUGUGUGUGUCUGUAUAAUGUUCUGAGAAAUUAAUUUGGUUAACACACAAUGCUAGAUAAUUAAUAAAUG